AUGGCCACGCCGUCUUCCAAGCAGAAUCCGGGUGCGACCCCGACGCAUCUGACCUCGUCCCCUCGCCCGUCAGGCGCACACAUGGCCCGACCCAUCGCGCAUAAGUCGCCCUCGACAAGAACCCCGUCAGCGUCCGGGCAUGCGCUCAAUCUGCCUCUCUCGACCCAUCAGUAUGCCACCCCUCUCGCGCCGACGUCCGGCGCCGACGACCCCGUCACGUUCAGCUCGCCCUCCGCGCUCCUCGCUCUCGGUGGCUACAGCGGCAUCAGCCCGUCCCCUGCCGGCCACGAUGGUCUCGUCGGCGCCGCCAUGAACGACAACGAAAUCCAGGCAUUAGGUAUGCAGGGUCUGAAGCUGGCAGGGGGUCGAGACAACGACGAGGAGCGCCGACGACACAUCGAAGACGUGGUGCAGCUCCUCCGGACCCGGGUGUCGGGUCGAGGCGUGUGCAGGGAGGGAAUCGAGCGAUUGGGCCAGCUUGAAGGGUUCGAGUCGAUCUGGCAGGAGGACAGUCUGAGCAUUGCGGGCAACUUCGUGGAUCUGGAGAUCGACUUCCACCGGGGGUACAAUGUCGUGAAGGAUGUUAGUUUGUCGUACGCCACACCCGAAGCUACGGACGGGGAGCGCAGAGACGAGGCGACGGCGGUUCUCAAGCGCGACUUGGUACAAUCUCCCGAGGAGGGGGAGCGGGGGGCCUGGAAAUCGUUGAAUGGGUUCCAUGAGAAUCUCCAGUGGCUUGCCAAACAUGACCGGCUCAGCCAGGAGGUCAACUGUUUCGAGGCGAUCGAAGGUCUCUACAACAGCUUGAAGCGGGUGUGGGAUGGGGAGUGGGACCGUCGCAAGUUCGCGGGUGUCUAUGACCAUCUCUGCAGUGGCUGGGUUGGUCGGCCGUGUCUGCACAAGGGAGGGCGUAUUGGGCUUGGGCUGGACUACUGGGUGCAGCAGGCGCGUGUUUUGGACGCGAAGCAGAGGAAGUCUCCUGACGAGAUGGUGGUUGACCAACCGAAUGGCCAGCUGUCGGACGAUGAGUCGGGUUUGAUUGGGAAGUGGAGUGUCGUGGUCGAGUGCGAGGAGGGAUAUCCUUCCCUUCGCGUGUCCAAGGACUGGGUUGGACCCGAAGUCCUUUCGGGGGUUGGCAACGGGAACGAACCGUCAUCUAGUGAUGUUUCUGGCUCUGAUAUUGCCGUGGUUAAUUGGGUGGAUCCGCCAGCGACGAUGAGUUCGGUCAAUCAGCACCACUCGGAUGACAUGACGCUCAAUUCCGGCAUGCUAGGCUCUUCACCAAACCGGCGAUUUGUCGCUCGGAUGGAACCGCCCUUGGAUCUACCGAUCUUGGCUGCAUCGGAUAUCUACCGACACCUGGGCAUUCAGAUGCCGCAGGAGUUCAAGAUGGUUACCUACGAUGGACUGUUGGCCCCGGGAUGGUCGCCUUUGUCGGCUGCAGGUGCCAUGGGAUUGGGUCCUGAGGAAGCGUCCCAGCUUGGUCGGAGAAGGCGUAGAAUGUCCGUUCGGGCGGUGGACAGCGAGGGCAAGUCGUGCACCAAGCAUCACAGCUAUACCUUCCAGCCUUUUGAGUCUGUUGCUGGCCGGACCAUGAGAGACAUCCCAUUCUCGCACCCCCGACAGCUUGCAGACAUUCUUCCGAUCCUGCGCCAGUAUGCGUUCCUCGCGAAUCUGAUCCGCAGCAUUUUCGGUUCCUCAUACAAACCCGAACAAAGCAAGGCCGAUGCCCCAGCCGAUCUCAAGAACCUUUCCGGACCCCUGAAAUUCCCCAAGCCUGGAAAGUCGAAGAAAGACAACAUUAUAAUCCUGAGCAAUGACGACCCAAACGAGAAGAGACUGGAUGCGUUGCUGGAGGGAUUUGACAACGGCGCUUUUGCCGACGCGAAAGGCAAGGGUUCGGUCAACGGCAGCUUUGGCAAUGGGCUUGCUCUCGACGACGACGACGUCAAAGUAGACGUGACCCUGCGGACGCAGCUCGGACAGGCACCGGUGAUUAUGCUACUCUUUACCGUGGGUAGUUCCGACGGGGGGUCGGAGCCGGUCAGUGGGGAAGCUACAAUAAGCAAGGUCUCCAUCAGUCUUGAAGUUGGACUGAAUGGCCGGGUAGCCGUGGUGGAUAUGACGGGGUUGAUGGACGACGACAGUCCCAAUGCGAACGUCAUGGACCAAGCGGCGGACGGCCAGAGCGAAGCAUUCGAGCUGCAGACCAAGAUCGCACGAGUGCUAGAGGUGUCCCAGGACAUCGGGACGCUGGUGGAAUGGAUCCUGCGCUGCCAGCUCAUGAAGUACAUGACUCUCGACCAGCGUGGACAGGUCCAGGCUGAGUACAUCUGGAUUGAUGCCGUCAACGGCUGCCGCAGCAAGACCAAGACUCUCUCCAAGCCCGUCACCUCCGUCGAUGAGCUCCCCGAGUGGAACUUCGACGGCUCCUCCACUGGCCAGGCCCCCGGCGACAACUCCGACGUCUACCUCCGCCCCGUUGCCAUCUUCCCCGACCCCUUCCGCCGUGGCGACAACAUCCUCGUCCUCUGUGAGACCUGGGACUCCGAUGGAACCCCCAACAAGUACAACCACCGCCAUGAGGCUAACCGCCUGAUGGAGAUUCACGCCAAGGAGGACUGGUGGUUCGGUCUGGAGCAGGAGUACACCCUCCUCGGUAACGACGGCUGGCCUUACGGAUGGCCCAAGGGCGGUUUCCCCGGUGCCCAGGGUCCUUACUACUGUGGUGUCGGAACCGGCAAGGUCUACUGCCGUGAUAUCGUCGAGGCUCACUACCGCGCCUGCCUGUUCGCCGGCAUCAAGAUCUCCGGUAUCAACGCCGAGGUCAUGCCUUCCCAGUGGGAGUACCAGGUCGGCCCUUGCGACGGCAUUGAGAUGGGUGACCACCUCUGGAUGUCCCGUUUCCUCCUCCACCGUGUCGCCGAAGAGUUCGGUGUCCGGAUUUCCUUCGACCCCAAGCCCAUCAAGGGUGACUGGAACGGAGCUGGUCUCCACAGCAACGUCUCCACCGCUGCCAUGCGUGCGGACGGUGGUAUGAAGGUCAUCGAGGCCGCCAUGAAGAAGCUCGAGGCCCGCCACAUCGAGCACAUUGCCGUCUACGGCGAGGGUAACGAGGAGCGUCUCACUGGUCGCCACGAGACCGGUAACAUCGACAAGUUCAGCUACGGUGUUGCCGACCGUGGUGGCUCGAUCCGUAUUCCCCGCCAGGUGGCCAAGGAUGGCAAGGGUUACUUCGAGGACCGUCGUCCCGCCAGUAACGCCUGCCCCUACCAGAUCACCGGUAUCAUUGUUGAGACUCUCAUGGGUGGCAACUAA